GAGAAAAUUGCAAACUAAGAAAAAAAAUACGGGAGCAGGGCCCGGUGCAAAGUAUAGUGUAUAAAUAUAUCAACAAAAACAACAACUACAGAACAAACAAAUUUAAAAACUGUUAGUCGAAAGGAGUAGUGCUAUAAUGCUUCCAAACUGUAUUUUGAAUUGAUGCUGUAAUAUUGCGUGUUUUUGAUAUGCUGAUGAUGGUCGAGGAUGCGCUGUGUGCUUGGUAUACUUCAGUAGUGGGAAAAUAAACAGACAACGAGAGGGAAAAGAAAAAAGAAAAAUGAGGACUGGGAAAAAGAGGAAAGAAGAUCACAGAACUGACCUUAGCCAGACUCUGGAAUGAGAAGUUCCAGGUGCCUAACAGUUCCACACGUUCCAAGUUCCUCGAUGAACCCUAGCACGCCAUUAUACUAUAUCGCUAUGUGUUGUAUGAACUGACCAAAAACCUGAGUUUUUAUGUCCAUAAGAAUAGAAAGACUUGUAUAUUAUGGCUUCAACGACAUGAAAAUAGCGCCUGCAACUAUGGACACCUGUGAUGACGACACAAUGUCUGAAUUAACGAAAAGAUACCGAUAGACUGAAUUUAUUCCAUUGGAAAUUAUUUUAUUUGAGGCUUGCGGAUUUUUUUUUUGAAUUUUCUUUGAUCAAUUUAGCUUCAAAUAGAAGAUUGACGGGGCCGAUUUUUUUAAAAUUCUUAUUUGGCAAUUGGCUAGUGUUCAGGUGAAAACUGAAAUUUCCCGCUGCUCCUUUCCCAAUUCAAGUAUCUAUCCGCAGUUAUAAUUAGUCUUGUCUAUCCGCGUUUGCUGUAUUAUCAACCUGCAAAACAGUCCCAUAUCUCACACAUUUUAUCCUGUGCUUUUUAUUUUUAACCCACGAGUUUCGCAAAACUAGGAGAGAAGAGAAACCGACACAAUCAGUUAGAUUGUAACUUGAUUUGAUAUAAAUUUUACGAAAUUAAACAGAUUCAAAAGAAAACAUUACACAUUACCCAGUCCAUAGUCCAUAGUCCAUAGUCAGCUCAGAUGCAGAGACGCUGUGCUCGUCCAGCCCCACCCUCAGAAGCCUCAAAAACUACGACCGCACCCACCACAGUGCAACAGAGGCAGUAGCAAAAUGAUGAACAAACCAAUCGAGCAAUGGACUCUUUCUCAAGUGGACGAGUUCCUGAGCAACAGUGGGAUGAUGGACUUGGGCCACUUGAGUCUGGAGGAGAAAUUGCAGAUCAUUCGGGUGUUGAAAAGGGACGAGCGCCUCCUACACACAGAGUCCAACAGGGUCCUGAAAUUAAGACAGGAGGUGCAGGAUCUGAAACGGAAGGGGGCUAUCAAGACAGGCAACACCCCUUCCCCCUCAAGUGUAACGACAAACAGUACAGGGGGAGGCACAGGAGCAGGUGGGGGGUCCGAUCAUGGAGGGGGAGGGGGAGGGGGAGGGGUGGUUGGGGGUGUACUAGAUGGAAAACUGUGUGCUAGAUGUCAGAGUGAGCUGGGUCUCAUUUUGAACAGGGGAGAAGAGUGUUUCAAGUGCCAUUUCAUGGUUUGCAAACUGUGCCGUGUGGUCGUCACUGAGGAUGGGAAAACAUGGUUGUGUAUUCUGUGUGCCAAACAAGCGAAACUUCGGACAAUAUCAGGGGAGUGGUUCUACGAGAAAGUGAGCGAGCGACUCAAACCGCAGAAUGCGUCACACAUACACGCCAGUAACGUGAUCCGAGACUCCAUACGGCUGAAGAAAAACCACAGCAGUGCCGGCAACAGUCCAGUGGCGGUGAAGAGGGGAAUGCCGGUGCAGGUGGGGGGCAAUACACAGGGACAUCACGUGAUACAACAGGCGACAACUGUUUCUCCCCGACACCACCCGAAGUCACGAACUCUCUCGGCGUCCGCAUCUUCGGGACUCAGUGGGUCUACCAGAGACGAUGGCAACACAAACAGCACCAUCCAGGCUCAUUUCCCAACCGGAGGGUCCAGGAACAGUCGGUCAGCAAGUGGUGGAAUGGGAAUUCACGGGUAUACUGGGAGAGACCAGGAGCUGCAUGAUGACUCCAGUGACAACAACCUCUUCUAUUCAGAGGAGCUAGCGAAGUCUCAACUUUGUGCGGAGAUAGAACGAGGACUACUAGGUAUGCACUGGUCCAAUGAGGCCAACGAGGCUGCUCUCUCCAACCCUCUGGGUUCAAGUAGUACCCCCAAAACUACCACCAACAACACUGGCCCUGGUGCUUCUAAUACUACUAGUCAAAUAACCAACCAACUAACCCCCCUCUAUAAAUCUUCCAGUUCUAACCCGGCUGCCACCUCUCCAUUUUCUUCUGCCGACGAUUCGAUGUCCAGUGAGCAACUGACGAAAUCUCUUCCCAAUUACAGCAACCGACUGGCUGCUCAUUUACCAAGUCAAAACCAAGCUAACAGUAGAACUAACUCACCCGUGUCUUCGAUGUCUAAUCAGGAUUCGACAAAGAGUCUUGUCCAGGUGGAUUCUAGUAAAAACAGGUUGACUAGUCCACAACAAAGGCAUAGCCAGGACUCGUUGUCAUCCGAGGGAUCCACUGCUACCUUAGGAGCUUCUGGUUGCGGAGGAACAACAAAACCGAAGACUUCAAGGUACCCUGUGGCAGCUGGUGCGGCGAUGCCGACGCAGUCAACUUUCAAGAUUAGUUCAGCAUCAUUGGGAACCGGGCCUGGACGACGGAUCCCUUCUGAGUCGCCCGAGAUAUCAGACUCUAGCUCUAGUCAUUCUACGAAACAUACCUCAGCAGACGUUCCUACGCCUUCAUCGAGAUUGCCUUUCAACCAACAGCCCUUUAGAGACCCAAACAGAACGGACCAGAACCAAAAUGAAGACAUGCUCACUUCUGGAGCCGGUACCCUUUCCAAUUCCAGACGACGAGACCUUGGAUUGGAAUCUGCAAUGCGACCGCAAAACAUGUCAACGCCUAAUCUGCGUGCAGGGUAUACUCACAGGGUACCUGGUUCCGGAAGGAAAGGCAUGAGUUCAAGGUCACCAAGCGGAACACAGGGUAGGGAAGGACACGCGGUACCGCCAUACCCUCACGAGCACUGGCUGCCCAGAAAAGAAAUGAGGGGACGAGGGGGGCAUAUGGUGCCCCACUAUGCAGAGUUCUACGAUCCUUACACGAUGCCUUACAUGCACCCUCGUGGUAUGAGACCCUCUCCUGUAAUGGCCACACAUUACUACAUGGAUGCUUCGGGGUCUCUGAAUAGAAUGCGGGGUAGACCUCAGCCGAUGCCCAGAUACCCCGGAGCACCAGGAUUCUAUCCAAUAGACAACACACACCAAAUGAUUCUGCACAAAGUCGAAUUGUUGAACAAACAUACUCGUCGCAAAUUCCUAAUGGCUGCCGAGGGUCCCGGAUGGACAGGCGGGGAGGAGCAGUUCGGAUCCCCUUCAUCCUUUGCUACGCUUCAAGAGUACGUGGACAAUCGGGAUAACAGUGAACACGCAGCCACCUUGUCCUCGGAGAGCGAGAGGUCGCACAGGUCACACCACGUGGACGAUGACUUGGAAGAUCCUCAUGGACACAGUCAUGGCCACAGUCAUGGCCAGCGGAGGACAGAAGCGGAUACAGAAGGUACCGAGAGUCAAAGGGGAUCCCUGCUCAAGCAGAACUCGUCAGACAAUUACGAACACGAGCAGCCAAACAGGAGACGCAGUUUGCAGGGAGGUCACUCCCAGGACUCCCAGACAUCCGGCAACACCAACACAAACAACCCAAAUGUGACACAAACAACACAUGGCAAUUUAGGGAGCAACAAUUCAUUACAUGCAACCAACCUAGAUAUCGGGACGUCUCGUCCUAUCGGCUACAGCUGCUCAGUGCCAGCGACUCCAGAACACCGGCGGUACCAUCCGGCUGCAAAUGCAUCCGACUGGGCCUCCAUGUCUUACUCGGGGGGAGGUAGACCGAUGCCCCACCCGCACCAAGAGUAUGCAGAUAUGGGAAUGGGGGGAAGGGGUGGAAUGAGGGGGGUGCCCUACGGCUACCGACCUCGUCAUCCCCACCACAGAUACGGUGGUGCUAGCAAUAGUCAGGGGAGGAUUCCAUUCAGACACCCCUCGCAGUAUCGAUCCAUGCCUCCUCAUGCCUACGGGUUCUACCAGCAGGGGGGAAGACCCCGACCCAGGCAUAUGGCACCACUCUACGCAUCUGCCAGGUUCGCUUCCCAGGAGGAUUUCAGAGGUUCUUCCAAGUCACUCGCCCUGUACCCGAAUUCCAACUCAGGCAGCGAGUUCAACUCCCCCCACACCACCCAUGGUAUGGUUGGGGGAAGUAGGGAAUCUCUGCUGAGAGACAGUGGCGACACCAGAGAGGGAAGAUCUCUUUCAAAGUCCUCGUUUGUCGGAGGAGAUCACCUGGACCCCAGAAGCAAACAUCACCAGCAGCAACAGUCACAGCCCAGACACGCAAGCAGAUCAUCCAGCAUGCCCCCCUGUGAAGACAGACUAGGGGGACACCUGGGCGAGGGCGAGGGGGAGGGACUUCAGCAGGGUGUAGGGGGAUACCAACAUCCGCAUCAGACACAGCAGCAGCAGCUCAACUCAUCAAGCAAUGUGCCUUCCUUGAUCAACAGCCUAACCUCUUCCCGACAUGCCACUUUCGAGUCAACAACAACAACAACAGCAGAUGCAACAGCGGCCUCAACCAAGUCAAUAUCCGGAGACGACGACAUCCUCCGGCAGAGACAACAGACUCGGCGUGUCAUCCCCCCACAUACAGCACCAGCAGUAACAAAAGGGGGCAAGGAAGAGACAUUAACCACACCCACGAUCAAUACUCCAAGAGACCACAAUACCCAUACACAACCCAAUUCACCCAUAAAUGAACAUGGGAAAGACAAGCAAUUUUCUUCAAAGCGGGCGAGGAGUGCACAGGAACCUGAAAAUAAGACACGUUCUAUAUCAUCUUUGGACUUAUUACUGUCAGAAAAACGACCGGAUCAAACUGAAACCAACAGUAAUUCCACCAGUAACGAACAUAGUUUGGGAUCCUCGUGGGAUCCUCAAAUAUAUCCACGAAUGAAUCCGACUACCAGGAGCUUCUCAGCAUCUACUCACACUCUAAUUGGGGUGGGGGUUGAGGAUGGGGCCGAUGGAUAUGGGGGGAGCAAAAGUUUCAAGCAGCAUAAAUCAACAUCUGGGGGAGGGGGAUUGAGAAUGAGCUGGAAGAGUUUGAGGGCCAGUCAGAACUCAUUACCGGGAUCAAAGGAGUCUUUAAAGGAGAAGUUGAGGAGAAGUGGGAAACGGUUCGGUUCUCAGAUCAAUCGGCUCAGUGGACGCAGUGAAAGCAGAGGUGACGAGAGAGAGGAGCACGAGGUGGACGGGAGGGAAAGAAAAAGAGAUCAAGAAAAAGACAAGGAAGUUAGCCGAACUACAACGAAGCCGAAAACUGCGAAUGGGGUCAAAAGGGUUCAAUUGACGGAUGUCGAGCUGAAAAAUUCCAAGGGCAAAGAUGGAGAAGAGGGAAGAGCAAACGAGAAAACGAGGCAACAGGAGAGUGUGCUAGGAUCUGUGGGUCUCACUGCCUUCUAUGACCAAAAAAGCAACUCUCUUCAACUGAAAGAGUUGAGCUGUGUUGGUGUUAGUCGCUCUAACUCUAGUUCCUCGAAGCACAGUAAUGGUCCAGUAUACCUCCGAGUGUCUCUGAUCCAGAUAGUGGCUAACUCUUCUGGCAACAAUACUAGUCCACAAUGGUCCAGCCAGGAGACAGUGGCUCAACAGAUCACUUCGUUAUCUUCACUUUCUUCAUCUUUAUCGCCCUUCCCAGAAACUCUCAAGUUCGUCCUGCACUCUGACCAGAUAGAGAGCAGUAUCGUUUCCAUUAAAGUAUGCAGUAAAAAGGAGACAAAGCUGGACAAAAACAAAGAAAAAGAAAAAAUCAAAGAAAAAGACAAAAACAAGGAGAAGGAAAAAGACAAGGACCACCUCUUGGGUCAAGUGGAGGUGGGGGUUGAUGAACUCAUUGCAACUCAGUCCCCCUCAUCCUCGUCUUCUCUUACUUCUUCUGUCGCUUCGCCAAUCGCCCACGCUCUGCCUCUUACCAUAUAUGCUGAGAAUGAUUCUAAGAGUGUGGGUUGGGUGAAAUUGACGGUGAAGUGGGAGCCUGGAAAAAGAAUGAGUGUGCGUGUGAGUGCCAGUGGUCUCCUGCAGGGGGGCAAGAAAGGGACCGGGUCAGGAGGAGGAGGGGGAGGGGGAGUGGGAGGGAUCAUCAAAACUAAACAGCCUCCCAAUACUUUCUGCACACUGCGUCUGUUGCCGAUGGCCAGUGCAGUUUGGGACAGUGGGGAGGUGGUGACCAAGAGUGCAGACCCCGUCUACCUCAAGACAUUCAACAUACCACUCGUCGUCUCAACAUCCUCGUCUUCAUCUUCAACUUCAGAUGCUACAGGAAGCGUGAUGAGUAAAACGGUGAACCUGGACCAGGUGUGUCUGGAAUUGGCCAUCUACUCCACCUCCUCGUCAUCUUCCCCUUUUUCAUCAUCUGGAAGUCACAGGGAGAAUAAAGAGAAGAAAGAGAAUAGGGAGAAGAGUGGACCAGGAAAUAGUCGCUCAUUCCUGGCUGGAGUAAGACUGUCUGCAGGAACAGCCGCAUGCAAUGGGGGUGCGGUUGAGUGGAUGCAGUGCACGCGGGAGGAGAGGGAGUUGUGGGGGAGGGUGAGAUCCAGUCCCCAUCAUUGGGUCCAGGGACACCUCCGACUCAGAACCAGCUUCGCCCCCUUCAAAUAAUCACACCACCACAACCCCUCAUAAUCAUCAUCAUGCAAUAAAUCAGUUCUAAAUCGUUUUUGGAACUCGACCAUUGGACACGCGUUGGACCAGUCGCGUUGGAUUGCGAGCCGACUCGAGCACUUCGUAAAAAUUGUCGUCUUCAAAGUCUUCGAACUGAAGCAUUGAACACUUCAUAAAAAAUCGUCUUCAAAAAUUUCGAAUGAAAGCAUUAUUAUCACUAGAAAUCUGGAACCGCCGUUCAAUGAAGAAGAUGUUUUUAAUCAUAAAAAUAAAGCAGCCAAUACUGUCUUGCGCGAUCUUUAUUUCUCUAUUUAAAAAACUUAGAUCUACAGAGAUAUUGCAGAAGAAACCAUGACGAAGUACAUAAUAUCGAAAGGUGGCCCGAGCAAAUAAGAAAAGGAUAGAAGAAAAAUUCCACAAUCAAUUAUUGCUACUCAUAAAAACCGAGGAAAAAUGCUUCCCUGACUAAAUUCGAGAAUCUCGUCAAAAGUAUCAUCCGAAAACCCUCAAAAACAUGUUCUGACUCGUUGUUUGGUCACGUUUGCAUAUUUAAAUUAUGAUCCGAUUGAUUUUUAACUACUUCGCUGCAAAGCCGCACAUCUUAGCCUUCAAAUAUGCUGCAGUUUUUUUUUCUAAAAGUAAACAGUGACUAUGAGAUAGCUCCUCAAGAUUUUGGUGUCUUGGAAGCUAUGUGUUGAAGUAUCCCGCUUUUUGGCAUCGUCCUCAACUCAUAGUCUUCAUUUUGGACGUUCGGCAUAGUCUGUAACUCGUAUGGGUUGACUUCAUCCGACCUAGAAAUGAAACGAAACUUCCGAUUCUCCGGGUUCCGAUACUCUUCUGGUCCCUUUGGUGUGAAACCAAAAAAAAAAACGAACGAAUACCUGAAACACUGCUGCCUUUUUAACUUAUUGGUUCUAUUUUGUGUAAUGUGUCAAUUUCAAUUCGUGUUUGUGUCGAGCAUUAUCAUGCGUUCUAUCAUCAAAUAACUUCUGCCGUGACUUCUAAGACCCUCUUUUUUCCUUGGUAUUUGUAAUUAACCCUCAGAUAAAUCAUAAAUGUUAUUUUAUUUCCGCUGCUGUAACACUGGCCCAAAAGUCUAACUCAAUUGAAAUACUCGAUCUGAAAAUGCAGUUGACCGCAAAAAGUCAAGUAUAAUGUAAAAAAAAACGUUUCCCAUGUCUUAGCCCCAAAAUGUGCCAUGAACAUUUCUUAACCGCGUCUCUUCCUAGCCCCCCCCCCCCUCCCCCAACCAUCUCUUAGCUCACAAACUUCCCAAGUUCAAACCGCUUUCUCAACUACCACGUAUCUUUUUUCGACAAUUUAUCGUUUAUGCGUCACUGAGACGCACCCCCUGACAAUUCUGACAAUUCAUUUCAAUUCGCUUCUGUGAUGCAAUUUAACGUAAAUUCAAUCAAUUCGCAAAUCAAAUUCAACCAUUCAAUUCAACCAAUUUUUUCAUUAAUUGUCUGUCUGUUUUCUGUCUUCGUUCGUCUUCAAUUAAAUCAAUGUCAAAUAUUUGUGAAUGUUCAGUUAUUACAAUCAGCCCACCAGUAAUUAAUUUAUUUUCAUCAUCAAUCAACUCAUUGCUAAUUCAGAAUUAAUUUCAACAGAUUAAUACCAUGCUCGU